ACACACACAAACCAGUUUUUGCUCCUAGCCACUUGUCUUCAUAUCUGUAACCGGAAAAAUGACCUUUGUUGCUGCACCUGGUUAUCAACCAAAUUACAACCCUAGUGUUCCAUUCAGCAGCCCUAUCUAUGGAGGACUUCGACCAGGAAUGGCAAUCUAUAUUCAAGGUCAUUUGCCUCAUCAUGCUGACCAGUUUUGUAUAAACCUUACUUGUGGUGAAUACCAAGGGGCAGAUAUUGCUUUGCAUAUUAAUCCUCGUUACGAAGGACAUGACAGGGUUGUCUUCAACACUUGCCAAGGAGGCUCCUGGGGCAAUGAGGAGGACAAGAAGCAAAUACCAUUUAAGAGGGGGCAACAUUUUGAGGUCUUAGUCCAAGCGAAGCAUGACAUUUACGAGGUGUUUGUCAACGGGUCACGCUUCUAUGGGUACUCACACCGUAUACCUCUUGAACGAGUGACUGCUGUGCACAUUACCGGACCUCUGACCCUUCAGACCGUUAACAUUAUUGGUGGUAUGACAGGGCCUGCAAUGCCUAUUCCCGCACAGCCCAGCAUGGGAUAUCCUGCUCUAUAUGUACAACGGGAUGGCGUGGCUAUGGGCACGUCAUGUGCCAAUAGCUACGCCAACGUUGUUAUGGCCGAUUGGGAGACAGAAAAUUUAUUUAAAAUGUGCAAAUUCAAAGAGAAUGCCCUGUUCUACACACGUUUUGUAGACGAUCUCUUCCUCAUUUGGAAAGCUGAAGAUUCAAAACUUACAGAAUUCUACCAAGAUAUGAAUACAACCACUGAGUAUUUGAAAUUUACUAUGAUUAAGUCUCAUGACUGUAUUGCAUACCUAGAUGUAUUUGUGCAUAGUUUACCUAAUGGCCUAUUAAAUACAGGCAUUUAUAGAAAAGAUUGUUAUAGAAAUACAUAUUUACAUCGUAGUAGUAUGCACCCCAAUCAUAUAUUUAAUAAUAUUAUUAAGGGUCAAGCCAUGAGGAUAUCUAGAUUGAGUUCUGACCAACAAGGGUUUCAGACAGAAAUGGAUGGAUUGAUACAAAAAUUUCUAAAUCGCUCAUAUGGUAUAGAAGAGAUCAAUGCAAAUAUAUCUGACAUUGAGAAUCUAAGGAAAGAGAAAGCCUCAUCCUACUUUGCAAAAAGUAAUAUUGCAGUAGAAGAUACAACCUCCUCAAAUAACACAGAUAAUAGGAGUAUGGGGAAUGCUGUUGUUUAUAAUCCAACUAUACCUUAUGUUGCUCACAUUCCUGGUGGACUUAGCCCCAAGAAGACAAUCAUUGUGAGAGGAAACAUUCCUUAUGGAGCUACUGGUUUCCACAUCAACUUCAAGGCUGGAUACUCCAAUGACAUUGCUUUGCAUAUUAACCCUCGAUUCAAUGAGCAAGCAGUGGUGAGAAACAGUUUAAUCGGUGGCUGCUGGGGAAGUGAAGAGAGAGGUCUGUCAUACAAUCCUUUCCAGCCUGGACAGUUCUUUGAUUUAUCGAUUCGCUCUGGUAAUGGUCGUUUCAAGGUGUUUGUGAAUGGACAACAUGCAUUUGACUAUGUCCAUCGUCUGCAUAGCUUACAGCAGAUUGACUUAAUGGAAAUUGGUGGGGAUGUGUCCAUUUCCUAUAUACAGCUCUGAAAAACAUAUGUGAAAUAUAGCAGCCAGUUCCAAAUCGGACAGUGUAUCAAAACAAGUUCAGUUCUUAAGAUAAUAAUAUAGUCAUCGUAUAGGGAUUAACUUCCCAUCUGAGGAUUUGUCUUUUGAAUUGUGCUUUUGUUUAACUGUAAAUGGCCAGUCUCUGUUAAACUUUGUUGCUGCAGCACUGAAAGACUUCAGUAAUGAAGUUACUAAUGUGAACCUUGUCCCUGUCAAUAAAAGAAUUCAUCUGC